AUGAGUGAGUUUGCUGAACACACGUGCAACCUUUUCCCACAGGAGACGUUAGAAAAGCACUUUGCGUCUUUGAAGAAGCAGAGGGACGCUGUGAAACACAGACUGAAGAAACUGGCAGCCCGUCAGUCAGAAAUCACAAAAAAGUCUACGGCGAUAAGAGAGAACGUGGUCGGGAAAUAUCAUGAGAUCCAGGCAGUCCUGGAGGAGGACUUGCGGAUUACUUUGUCCCACCUGGAGAUGGAGGAGAGGGCUGCCGUCUCCGCCUUGGAUGGGUUGAUGGAGAGAAACUGUGCUCUAAUCCAGGAAAUAGAGCAGGAUCUGGCCAGACUCUCUUUCGCUUUGGAGCAAAGUGACAAAGAGCCUGACGUAAUGUCAUUCCUUUCACAUCCAGAGCUGGACGACACAGAGGAAGCAGAUAGAGUGUUAGAUGUCCUGAACCAAUCGGAUCCCAGCAGCGUUAGCCUCGAUGAAGCUAAAGCUAACCACAUCCUCGGCCUCACCAACAGCUUGCUGCUCCUUGUCUGCUCGCAGACCCCUUUGAUGAAGAAGCUCCUGAAAAGCUAUUCCAGCGAGGUGAACCUGGAUCCGCAGACGGCCCACCCGAAGUUGAUCAUCUCCCCCAAAAGCAACAGCGUCUCCUACACCGACACCUGGCAGACACUCCCUGAUCUACCCGGACGGUUUGACGCCACCCUCAACGUCAUCAGCCUGCAGGGCUUCACCUUCGGUCGGCAUUACUGGGAGAUCGAUGUGACUGGGAAGACAUACUGGGAGCUUGGUGUCACCUACCCCUCCAUUCCCCGCAAAGGCCCGUCCGAGGACUGCUGGCUGGGCCGGGGCGCCGAGUCUUGGUGCAUGGAGUUCUUUGACGGGGACUACACGGCCUGGCACGGAGGGGUGCCUCACCAGCUGCCGUUUUCUAAACGUUUCUGUCGGAUCGGUGUGCUGUGCAGCUUUCCGGCAGGGCUGUUGACGUUUCUUGAGGCGGACAACAUGAUGCCUCUGUUCUGCUUCUGUGCGGGAACCUUCUCACAGUGCCUCCACCUGGCCCUGUGUCCUGGUCAUGACCACAAUGGCACCAAUUCAAGUCCUAUUGUGAUCUGUAAUGCAUCAUCUCCUACUAGUGACCUAUAGCUACGUAUGAAAAAUUACCAAAGGUUUUUUAAUUUUAAAUAUGCUCUCUAUGUGUUCGCAAUGAUUUUGAAUCGGAAUAUUGUAAAAUCUAGAUGUAAGUGAGCAUUGAGAACAGGACUUAUAAAAAUGCAGGGCUGGUGCCUGAUUGUUCAGGGCCACUGGGCAAAAUGGGAUGGGGCCCCACUUAAAUUUUAGCCCACCAGUCACAGCAUUGAUAAUAAUGUCUCUUUUAGCACAACUGUUUCUUAUGUUGUGCAUUUAAGACCUCUAGUUUCACGUCCAACUUCUAAGACAACCGUUAAAUGGCUCAUAUCACAGAUGGUGCUUUGC